AUGAAUACGGCUAACUCGAAUGAAGAGAAAAACCUUCUGAUAUACGACAAGUCAAGUAAAGUAGGAUGUAUCUACUUCAUAGGCAUCAGCAGCAACAUUUAUCAGGGGAAAGUAAUUCUUAAAAAAAACUGUAUAAGUGAUAGAAUAGUAAGAUAUACGAAUUUAAAUGAGAAUUUGAUGUUAAUAAAAAAUGGAAAUUUUAAUUUUAAACAAACAGCAAUAUUAAUUAAAGGAAUAACCAUAUUUCUGCAUAGACAACUAGAAGUAUUGCUAACUGAUUUUUACACAAUGUAUAAGAAAUGUUUAUUCAGUAGCUUAAAUACAAAUAAUUCAUUAAAUGGCAUAGUAAAAAAAAAAUAUAGAGAAAAUAAAAGAUACAGAGCCAAGAAAAAUAUAUUACCUUUACAAGACGGGACACAUAGGAACACUACAAAUAAUAACAUUUUUGGAAAUAAAAUUUCCAAUUAUUUUAAUAAAAAUAAGAACAUAGCACAUAUGAAUGAUUUAAUGCUAAAAGAAAGUAAUGAUCUAUAUGUGAACGACUAUAACUUUGGGAAUGACGAUAUUCAAAAUGAAGAAAAUAUUAUAUAUCAGGAUAUGUUAACUAACACAUCUUCUUUUGAAUAUUCUAAAUUUAAUAACUUGUAUACAAUUAAUAAUCAGAUGCAGAAUUUGAAUACAAAAGAAACUGCAGGGGAUAUUAUAAUGCAAAGUAAUAUAAACAGUACUGCCUUGUUAAAAUUUAAUUUGCUAGAUAUGAAAACACAUAAAAAUUUAGAAAGCAAUAACAACUCAAAUCCCAAUUUAUUCGUGAGUAAACAUAUAAGCAAGAAAAACUUUUCUAUUAGCAUCUUGAAUAGUAGUCUACUAAUUAAUGGGGGUCUUCCACAUGAGAAGACAAAUAAUAAUUUGGGAAUUACAAGUCUAGGAAAUGGUAAUAUGAUUCAUAAGGAUAAUCAUAAUUAUAACGAAAAAUAUCAGGACCACAAUAAGAACAAUGAAAAGCGCAAUGAAGAAAAGAAGAAUAAACGAGGCUAUGCACAGAUUGACAAUGAAAUAAUCCUGAAAGAUAACAUCUGGAACAUGGCAAAUAUGAAUAAAAAGAAAAAGUCUGAUAACCACUUUAAUACAUAUUUGGAAGGGGGAAAUUAUAUUUUUUUUUUUCUAAACAAUGACAUGAAAAAUAAUCCUAGUGGUAGUUCUAUGUCUUCCUCUUUUCAUUCAUACGAAAGAACAAAAAAUUACAUCAACUUUGAUGCAAGAAAAGAUAUAUAUAACAUAUUUGGCAAUGAACUAAUACAAAAUGAAAAAAAUAAUAUGGAACCCAACAAUUUCAAAUUACUUCAGACAAAAUCCACAACGUCCUCAUUAAAUGAAAAAAAAAAUAAAAGCAUGAAUCAUUUAAACUUCGAACAGUUAAGAGAAAAUUUUAAUGAUGAUUAUUUCAUGAAAAUUGAAGUAGAAAAUAACCCCAGUAAAAAAAGAUACUCGAAGGAUUCUUUUGUUAGUAGCUUUGAUCAAAUGGAAUACGACUUCGACAGAAUUAGUGACAUGCCGCACAAAAAUUAUGAACACAAAAAAUUACAUCAAAACGGAUCAUGUAUAGAUAACAAAAUUAGGAAAGGCAGAAACUAUGUUUAUACAUUAAGUGAUACUUUAAAAGACUCAUUAAGUGUGCCAUCCAGCAAGUUAGUUAAUAAGAGGUCCUGUACUUCAUCAGAAUAUAAAUAUAAUCAAGAAUUAAUAAAACUAAAAAAUUAUUUGCACAAAAUAAGAGAAAAAUGUACCAAUGUUAUAGAAUUCGAUUGUAUAUUUCCUGUCAACAAAAUGUCUGAUAAAAACAUUUCCCUAAUAUUCUACAACUUGCUUGUAUUAGCAUCAAAUGCUGAAAUUGAGGUAAUACAAAAUUCUCCUGAUAAUAAAAUUCUUAUACAGGUAUGUUGA